CAGCAGCAUCUUUCGCAGUGCCUUGACCAGCAUCCUGAAGACACCGGCCCUACAGACCCGGCGAGAGCCGAAGAGGAGUGAGGAGCCACAGCCAGACUGGGGGGAGGCGGAGCACCAGGGUUCGAUGGCACCGACCACCAGCCACUCACCCUCAACGCCGCCAAGGUCACAGGCCCCAACCCGGGAGGUCCUUGAGAGGGCGGAGGAGUUGGAUCCCGAAACUGAGGCAGCAUCAACAGUGAGACGUGCCCGCCGCCUGGACAGCACAGACAGCCUGGGGGGGAUGUCACCCUCCGAAGCCAUGGUGCUCCAAUGCAAGAACAUUCCAGCCAGUCUUAACAGCAAGGACAUCCUGGGGGAACAUUUCCGCCAGUUCGGACGUGUGCAGCGGAUCUUCUGCAGGCCCCAGAAGAACCUGGCCAUAGUGCACUUCCACGACCAUGCUUCUGCUGCCAAAGCCAAGAAGAAGGGCAAACUGCUGCGCAGGCAUGAGCUCACCAUCUUCUGGCAGAGGAAGAAGCAGAGUCCAGGAGAGAAGGGCCAAAGGCCUCCAGAUGACCCUGAUCCUCAGAGCCAGGCAGGAGGCUUUGAGUCAGCCCCUGUCUGCAAAGCCCUCUCCAAAUCCACCUCCGGCUGGUCCUCCAGCUCAUCCCUAUCCAGAGGGUCACCAGCCAAGAAACCCCUGGCGACAAAGGCCCUGCAGUUUGAGAGUGAGCCGCAGAUGGAGCCCAGCCCAGACGGCCUCGAAUCCGAACAUCUAGCCAGCAGCCUCCCCUCUCCCCUCUUCCACCUGAUUGGCCCCAAGAGGACCGACCUGGAUCUGUCCAAGGUGUUUGUGGGUACGUGUCCUGACAUGUGUCCGGAGAAGGAGCGUUACAUGAGGGAGACCCGGAACCAACUGAGCUCUUUUGAGGUCAUCCCCAACACGGAGAAGGUGGACCACACUGCUGCCAUUAAGGAGUACAGCAGGUCCUCUGCUGACCAGGAGGAGCCCCUCCCCCAUGAACUGCGGCCCCUUACUGUGCUGAACAUGACCAUGAACUACCUGGUUACCCAGGUCAUGGACCAGGGUGAGGACAACUACCGUGACUGGUAUGACUUUGUGUGGAACCGCACACGAGGUAUCCGGAAGGAUAUCACUCAGCAGCACCUGUGCGACCCGCUUACGGUGUCCCUUAUUGAAAAGUGCGCCCGCUUCCACAUCCACUGCGCACACCACCUGUGCCAGGAGCCCAUGAUGUCCUUUGAUGCUAAGAUCAACAAUGAAAACCUGACCAAAUGCCUGCAGAGCCUCAAGGAGAUGUACCAGGACCUGGCCAGCAAGAACAUCUACUGCCCUCAUGAGGCAGAGUUUCGGCAGUACAGCGUGCUCCUGAAGCUCAAUGAUGGAGACAUCCUCCGGGAGGUGCAGCAAUUCCGGGCGGAGCUCCGAAACUCUCCGGAGGUGAAGUUUGCCGUCCAGGCCUUUGCCGCUGUCAACAGCAACAACUUCGUGAGGUUCUUCAAGCUGGUCAAGGUGGCCUCGUAUCUGGCUGGUUGCAUCUUGCACCGCUACUUCGACCAGGUGCGCCGUGAGGCUCUGCGGGCCCUGAAUGUGGCCUACAGCUCCCGUGGUUCCACCACAUUCCCGGUCGAAGACCUGGUCCGGAUGCUCAUGUUCCAGAAUGCCGGCGAGGCUUCGGACCUCGCGCUGCAGUAUGGGCUCGCGGUCGAUGCAGGCAUGGUGGAGCUAAGCCGGACAGCGUACCAGGAGCCUGAGAUCCAGCCACGUCCAAAGCGCUCUGUGGCCAUCGCAAGGAAGCGGGAGGUGCUGGUGGGCCAAGUGGUCAACGGCGCGCCACUGCCCAACCCACCCCAACACACACCCGUCAACAGCUUUGACAGCCGCAACAAGUACCGUGGGGAUGGGCAGCCAGCGGAGGCAUACAUCUCUGCUGCACUCAGCAUGUGCAACGGCCAGGUGGAGGCAGUGCUGAGUGAGGUGGUGGAGCAGAUGCUGCGGGAGGUUUCUGCUGCCGAGAUCCAGGCAGAGAGGGAGCAUAUCGCUGAGGAGAAGCGCAGGAUGGAGGAAGCCAGGAGAAAGCAGGAACACGAGGAGCUCCUGGCCCGGCUCAGCAAGACACUGUGUGCCGAGAUCACACAGGAGGUGCUGCGCGACUGCAUCGUGGAGACUGCCUCAACAGAGAUCAGGCGUGCCCAAGAAGAGCAGGCAGAAUGUGUGGCUCGCAGCUCACAAGACGUGUGUGAGGUACUGCUGGAGGAGACGCUGUGUGGUGAGCUCACCCUGCUGGCCCAAGACGUCCUGGAAGCAGAGCUUCUGAGUAUACGCAGGUUCAUCAAAAGGUGGCGUGAUGUGGUGGCCGUGCGCAGGCAGCUGAAGCGACAGAUGCGUGAUUUUCCUGCUGCCCCUGGCUGUGUGGACCCCCGCUUCAGGCUGCAGGCCUUGGCCCCCAGUGCCGGAAGUGAGGCCAUGUUUCUCACUGUGGGUCAGGUGGCCCGCGGGCCCCUCAGCGAGGAAGGCCAGUUGGCAUUGGAGAAGCGGAAGGGGCUGAUGGGCAUGGGCGCCCUGCUGAUGCUGCUGCCCUCGGCAGUCAGUCCCGGGGCUGAUGAGGAAGACGGGGACAUCUUCCUGUUAUCCGCCCUGCUGCAACUCCGGCAGAUCCAGCAGGCUAAUGCCUGGCCACAGGCCCUUCCUCUGGUGGUGGUGGUCCCAGGGCAGGCUGGGCACAGGGCCAGCGAUGAACGGCUAGAGGAAGACCUGAUGCUUCAGACACUCAUUGAGGAAGGUUUGAUUUCAGAGUACAUGUUCGUCCAUAUCCCCGAGACCACGAACGAACCCCAAGGAUCCGAGCAGAUCCGCCAUGCCGUCAGGUGGCUCGCUGCCCGCUCCACGGCACCAGCCCGGCUCGUCUCGCAGACGUUGGUGCAGGUUGUGGAGGCCGGGCUCUGCCGCGAGUUUGCUGGUAGGCUUCACCGUGAUCGGAGGGACCGUGACAUGGCGGGACUGCCCUCCCAGGGCCCUGCACCCGUCAUCGGCCUCUACAACACUGUCCUGGCUUUCUUGGCUGGCCUUGUGUCGUCCCCGAGUCUGGCUGGCCUCUCCUGGCCCGUGGCAGAGUUCUUGGUGCCAGGGGGUGGUGACUGCCUACCACAUCUGCUCUGGAACUCGGCUGAGCACCUGGAGUGGCUCCAGGGGGCAGUCCUGAGCCUGCGGCUGCCCGACUGGCCGCUGCCAGCCGUGGGGGCUCCUUGGAGCCAGCUGGUUGCCUCCAUCUUCCAGUACGUAUCUCAAAUCCCAUGGUCCCGCCACAGCCAGCCACUCCUUAUGUCCCAGUUGGAGAACCUUUUGGAGAGGCUGCGUCAGGACUGUGUGGGCCGAGGUGGGGGGCCGGACAAGGAGCCCACUUUCUGGGAGGUGCCCUGGGACGAAAUUGUCAUGCUCUGUGUAGAGCACCAACUCCGGGACUGGAACCCUCCUGGGUGCCCCGUGAGUGAAGAUGUCAUCAGUGACGACGGAGAAAUCUCGGUGUAUUUCCUGAGCGAUGGGCUGCAGGGCUUCAUACCGCCGUCCUGCUGGGUGGAUGCCGUAAAGCAGACGCACAGGGACAAGCAGCAGGGGAAGGCAGGGUGUCACCAGAGCAUGUGGCCUCAUCCUCGACUGGCCAGGCCACGUCUUCAACAGAAGCUGUUUCACAGCAUGGUUGAGGACCCUGAGUCCGGAUCCGGUGUUGCCCCUGUUUUGGAUGCUGCCUCCAGCCCCCAGGACCUCCUGGCUCGCAUUGAGGAGGAGAAAGAACAGAGCCGCAGGUUCGAGGACCAGCUGCGUACCUGGCUUGACGUCGAGUCCCUGGGCCCUUCCUCUUCCUCCUCACCACUUUUCUUGCCUUCUUCGUUACUGUCUGUACCGGAGAUCGUAGUGCCCUCCCCAAAGAUGGCUGCCCCACCUGCACUUGCCCUGCAGAAGGAGCGCAGUGUCCGCAGUGACCAGGCCAGGGGAGCUGCCAGUUCUAUGGCGAGGCGUCUACAGGAGCUGGAGCAGCUGAUCUCUGCAAGCCGGGAGGAGGAGCUCGCAUGUGAGCUGAAGCUAAGCUGCCUUCUGGACAUUGUUGAUGACUGAGUGUCAUGUGACCCACCUGAUGUCUGCCGUUGACUGCCACAAGUUGUCUCUUAUGCCUGAUUUCUGCAGUAUAUUUAGUUGUGUGGUACUUGUGCAUAUAUUGCUUUGAAGAGUAUGAUGUACAGUAAUUUACACAACAUUGGGAGUGUUGUAACUGGGGGAAAAACAUGUCAUAGGAAAUGGACAGUUUUUUAGGGUUUUUUUUUUUGUGCAAAUUUUAAAUAUUAAAAUGUUAUUGUAUUUAGAAACCCAUGGCUAUUUCUUUGUUUUUUUUCCAUCAUGAAACUUUGUUUAUUGUACUUUUAAAUUGAAUCACAAUUUGCUGCAGAAUCUUUAAAACCUGUGACGUUAUUUGCCCAUAUUAGACACUCAUACGUGGGGUUGUUACUGCUGUUUCUUUAACCUUGUGUAUUGUUGGUCAAAAUUAACAAUUUAGGUAAUAUCUGCAUUGUACACCAUUGCAAAAGUAUGUCUUUUUUUAGAUUCUUAAAGAAAUGUCAUGCAGCUCAAUUAUAUAUUCAUGUAAUUGAACUGAAGAUCACAGCAGUUCACUAAGCAGUCUGCCACUGAGUUCCUUUUAUAAACUGGCUGGCUGGUUUUUAAGAAAAUAUGCCCGUGGAUGCCCUACAGGUGGCAGCAGGGAGCCAUCUGCAUAUGUACAGACAGUCUGCUGGUUAAGAAUAUUCGACUGACUUGAUGUAGCUAAGAUAUUUUGCAUUUAAAAGCAGAUGGCCAUAGAUCCUAUCAUACUAAUUUAGUUUAAAACUAUUUUUAAUAUCAAACAUAUGCAUUACUUUAUGAUGCUCAUGAAAACAUCACCCUGCUUUAUUCUUUCGUGGGCUUGAGGUACAGUA